AUGUCCGAGAAGUUCCCUGAUGCAUUCACUUGGAUACAAAACAUUCCCCAAAUCACCAAAUGGCACAAAAAUUCUCUUUCCUUUUGCAUUUGCCACUCAACUUCUGAUUUCCCAAAUUCAACCCUAACUCUCAUAGCACAAAGAAACCCUAACCCUAAAAUUCCCACUUUCUCCAUCAUCGUCCAGUCCAAUAAUCAUCAUCCUUUAUAUCUCUGGACCUCUAAACAAGAAUUCAAAAUCAACUCAAACUCACCAAACCCUUAUGAUGAACAAACAAUCACCUCUCUACUCUUUAGUUUUGUCGAAUCUAUCUUAACCUAUACAUCUAAUAGUUCCAAUUAUUCAACCAUCAAAGUCCCUAAACCUGAUCCUUCAAUGAUCAACGGCCUUAAAGACAUUUUCAAUGCAGUGAUCCUAACUCUCUCGUUCUUAGUUUGCGUCUAUGAAGCUCCUUUGUAUCUCCGUGAAAACUGCCUGAUCACCCUCAAGAACCAUUUGGUUACUUGUCAUGCAAGGCAAGCAACAACAUCCCUUAUGAAGCUUCUAGGGUCUAAUUUAGAAGAACAAUGGAUGAGAUCAGUCAAUCUAGCGAUCACAAAUUGGAUCAUAGAGCGUAAGGAUAAUCGGAGUAACAAGAACACGACAACUCCUCUGUUCUCUUACGCUGUUUCAGCUUAUGGAUUGUGGAAAGUACAAUUGUAUUGUCCUAUUGAAGCCAUGGAAGUGGAGAGAUCGAGCAACCCAACCUCUGACUCGAGAUUGUUGUUUUCUCUCAAGUUUAAUCAGCUCGAAGGUGUGAUGCAGUUCUAUCACAAAGUUGUAGUUAGAGACAAGUGGAUCGACGUGAUUAUGAAGAUAGAUAACAUCAGAUACGAUGUAAUAAAGCUUGUAAACGAGAGACUAAUGUCGAGAAAAGGAGCAGGAGAACACGAGAAGCACUUCCCAUCAAGAAUCUCUUUGCAAAUAACACCCACACUCCAAACCGACUUCAUAAGCGUCUCGGUCAGCAAAUCAUCCAACAACCCGGGACGAGAAUUCGAGGUCGAGAGGUCCAUAGAAGGCUCCUUCGACCCACCAAACUCUUUAGGUCUAAGAGUAGCUGGACGAGAAGCCUCGACCAUGACAAUGACCCCAUGGAAGUUCGAGCAGUCAGUGCUCGGCUACACGGCCAAUCUAAACUGGAUCUUGUACGACAGCAGUGUCGGAGGAAGAGAGGUUUUCACGACGAAGCCGUCGAGGUUUUCGAUAAUGAGCCCGAGGUCUUGGUUCAAGGAUAGGUACGCGAGGGCGUAUAGGUCGUUUACGAGGAGGGGAGGAGUGAUAUUCGCGGGGGAUGAGUAUGGAGAGAGUGUUGUGUGGAAGAUUGGUAAAGGAGCAAUGGGGAGAAGAAUGGAAUGGGAGAUUAAAGGGUCUAUUUGGUUGACUUAUUGGCCUAAUAAGUAUAAGACUUUUUACCAUGAGACUCGAAGAUUGGAGUUUACUCAGCUUCUUCAUCUCACCAUUGACUAA